UUUCUGCAUUUAAUCUUACCUGAUGCCUUGCCUCUGCUGCCCUUUAUUUUGUUAUCAACUUCUAGCUACCUAUUGUAAGCGUUGUUUGAAGUCAACUGCAAAGGUGCUCGCUUGCACACGACUUCAGGACUUGGUGCAAGCUGUUCGAAGGAACUUCGUAACGUAAUUGGGGAAUGUAAAGGCAUUUGGUAGUGCCAGGAUUCUCCCAGCCCGACAAAGUUCUGCGGGGCUCGUUGGCAGGGCUUGGAAGCGUUCAGUUGCCUGGGUUCCAUUAGGGUAUUUACAUCAGCUCUGUUGGUACCUCUGUCACAUAUACAACAAAACGGGGAAAAGAUGUCUUCAGCUGGCGAGUUUCCAAACCCAUUUAAGGUUCAAAAAACUUACAGGAAGUUUGGGUUUUGCCUCUUCGGUACCCUGGUUGUUGGUGCUCUUAUUGUGACGGUCCUCUCUGUCAUUUCGGUCGUGAACCUCGUGAAGAAUCACAUAGUGGAGGAGACCAUCCAGUCGAAACUGCCGUUCUUGCCAUACAUCUACAUAUGCAGCAGUAACCCCGAUACGUACAAUCUGACCGGCAACAUCUACGUAGGCUGUGGGGACGAUGUUGGGAGCCCGGAGCUCGUGCUGCAGAGCAACAAUGCGGGGGCGAGUGCGCGCACUGAUACAUUCUGUGUGCCUGAGGUUGUCACGGUGCAGAUUAUGAACCGGCAGCUCAAAGGGCCGCGGGCGACGCAGUGCGUGUCCUUCAAGCUGAACCCGCAGGGCCCCACCGACAUUCCCUGGGAGGGGCAGGUUUAUGUCAUGUACCCAAGGUCGACUUACCAGAGCGGCCUCAGUGCGCUACAGCAGAGCUUCAUUGGCCUGGGGAUGAACGUGUACUUCACCGACUUCGGCGGUCCCAAGCUGAUUGCGAACAACGGCUUUCUGCGCGACUUCAAGGAGAUCUUCGAGGAGGCCGACAGCGUGGAGAAGUUUGAGGAGGGCGCGACGUUCCUCCAGCCGUUUGCACGCACCACGAUCCAGAUGCAGAAGACCAACCGGAUCUUUGCAGAUGGCCACAGUAUUGUGAAGUACCCCAUCUUUGGCGCUCUUACCACGACCCCUCUUCCCAACGUGACCGCCGGCAUUGCGUCACUCCACAACAUCCCGGCCGCGCAGGCCGCGACUGCCAAUUUCGGCGCUGUUGUCCUGGCGGCCAGCAUAAGCUAUGACGAGGUCACGCUGCGGGAGAAGAACCUGGUGGCAAUCAUCUUCACGCUGAUUGGCUCCAUCCCUGGCUACAUAAGCUAUAUCUUCCUCAUCUGGUAUGUGUUCUUUGAGGCGGACGCCCCGAGCCCCGCCUUCACGAUCUCGUCAUGGUUGAAGAAGGGCUCUUCGGUGGCACGGUCGAUAUCAAAGAGGGGUCCGCCGGAGCAAAUCACGGCGACAGAGCAGAAGCGGUUGGCACUAUCGCGUGGGGACAGUGUAGACAUUCCGGCAGGUCUGUAGAUGACCGGUUGGUUUUGUUUGGUUAGGAGGUUUCUUUGGCCAGCUAGCUUGCCGCAUGCUUUGCUUGGACAGUCAGUGGUUGGCAUGUAGAUAGAGAGUUUGGGCUGUAAGUAGGGCAAAGACACAUUGGGGCACAUAUUUAUGACUCAUGUCGGUCAGACCGCUUAGUUGCAACAACUUGAGCACAUCUUCUUCUGUUGACACGGAUUACAUAGAGCAAGAUUGUUGCCUAGCUUGAAAUCUGCGAUCUUGAGAUUAGGGAUAUUCUGCAGGGUGCAUGCAUUGCGACGUGCUGCUUGUACGAUUAAAGAUUUGCCCUGCACCAAUAGUACCGCAGCAGACUCGAUAGGCCAGUUGGCCCGCAUGCAAUAAAUGGUACGUCAGGCCGGUGCAGUUCAAUCAGAAAUAUACAUGGGGGCAGCCAACUCGCAGAAUUUAGUACGUAGC